GAGUGUAAUGUUUUGUUGACGUGAAUAAGGCGACGGCGACAGGUGCGCCAGGACUCGCGGCCUCUGAAAGCGCAGCACCGCAGACGCGUCGAGGGCAGGGUGUCCACAGUUGCCUGGUCGAGGGGAGUCCCGCGCUCAGACGACGCCACAGAACGACGCCAUGACGAACCACGGGCCGAGGACGACCCUCGCGCUGCUCCUGGUCGGCGCGUGCCUCGCGCGGGGAACAGAGACCGCCCCCCGGUCCAAGGGCAUCUCCAGAGACGCGUUCGGCAGCGCGGGCUCGCAGGCCGUGGACAGGUACACGCUGAGGAACGGCCGCGGCGCGGAGGUGCAGGUGAUGUCGUACGGCGCCACAGUCACUUCCGUCAAGCUCCCGGACAGGAGCGGCGGCGUGGACGACGUCGUGCUGGGCUUCGACGACCUCGACGGUUAUCUGAAGGCUGACAAUCCUUACUUCGGGGCGGUAGUAGGACGUGUUGCGAACAGGAUAAAAAACGGACGUUUCAAAAUUGGGAACGAAACCUACCAGAUAAGUCUGAACGACGGCAACAACACCUUGCACGGAGGACUGAAAGGGUUCGAUAAGAAGGUGUGGAGCUCCUGCGUGGAAGACGACAAGGUGGUGUUCAGCUACUUGAGCAGCGACGGCGAAGAAGGUUUCCCCGGAGCGGUGCUGGCUAGCGUCACGUAUCAGCUGACCGACAGCAACGAGUUGAAAGUGACGUGGAAGGCGACCUCAACCAAGCCGACGCCCAUCAAUUUGACCAACCAUUCAUACUUCAAUCUUUGUGGACACGCGAACGGGUCUCAGUGCAUCUACGAACAUUUGGUCAAGAUAAACGCCGAUUACUACACCGUGACUGACCAUGAAAACAUCCCCACAGGUGAAAUUGCAAGCGUAACUUCAACGCCAUUCGAUCUGAGGAAUUACACUUUAUUGAAAACUGGAAUACUGUCCGUCAGUAAGUUCGAUGACAAAGACGGUUACGAUCAUAACCUGUGCAUCAAACCGGACGGAGGAGAUGAUCUUCGCUUCGUGGCAAAAGUCGUUCAUCCAGGUUCCGGCCGCGCUCUGGAGCUGCGGUCCAACCAACCCGGGGUGCAGUUCUACACGGGGAACAGCAUCGGCGAGAUCACAGGGAAAGGCGGCAGCGUGUACAGGAAGCACGGCGCCUUCUGCCUCGAGCCCCAGGACUACCCCGACGCCGUCAACCACGCUAACUUCCCUAACAGCAUCGUUCUUCCAGGAAACGAGUACAUCCAUAGAACUGUCUACAGAUUUUCUGUUGAGCAGUAGCAGAAUUUUAAACAUUUUUACUGUAGUUGAAGAGUUAGUCAUAAUGAGUUAUUCUAUUGUAACACAAUAUUAACGUAAUAAAUUACUAAACAAUUUUUCA